CUUCCGGUCAGAGAGAGAGAGAGAGAGGGGGAAGGGUGAGGCCUUUCCUGGGAGUGGGGGAGGGUAACCUCUGAAGGAACCUUCUGACAGGAAUGAAAUCGCACAGCACUCACAAGAAAUAAUAAGUUGGAGAAAUUAUAUUUCAAGCUCCAUAGCUGUCCAUUCAAGGAGGAAAGGGAGGAUUGUGAUGUAAACACCGGGGUUUGGUAGUUUAUUUAUUCAAAUGGACUAGAGCAAUACAAGGACUGAGAAGCGGAAAACAGGAGAACAUACCUGUGACCUUCUGGCAUAAAUGUAAAAGAAUGGAAACCAUAAAUGAUAAUCAUAAAUGUAAAAGAAUGGAAAAUCUCAAUUCCUUGUCAAAUUCACACACAGGGGAGAAGCGACAUAACUGUAUGGAAUGUGGGAAAUGUUUCACUGCGAGAAGUUCUCUUACUACACAUCAACGAACUCACACAGGAGAGAAGCCGUAUAAAUGCGUGGAAUGUGGAAAGAGCUUCAGUCGGAGUGACAGUCUGCGUAUCCAUCAAAGGACCCAUACAGGGGAGAAGCCAUAUAAAUGCGUGGAAUGUGGAAAGAGCUUCAGGGAGAGUGGAAAACUGCGCUCCCAUCAAAGGAUCCACACAGGAGAAAAGCCACAUACAUGCAUGGAGUGUGCAAAGAGCUUCAAUCACAGUAGGGCUCUGCGUAUCCAUCAAAGGACCCACACAGGAGAGAAGCCGUACAAAUGUGUGGAAUGUGGAAAGAGCUUCAGUCGGAGUUCAGAUCUGCGUUUGCAUCAAAGGAUCCACACAGGGGAGAAGCCACAUAAAUGCAUGGAAUGUGGAAAGAACUUCAGUCGGAGUGAAGACCUGCGUCCCCAUCAAAGGAUCCACACAGGGGAGAAGCCACAUAAAUGCAUGGAAUGUGGAAAGAGCUUUAUUCGGAGUUCACAUCUGCGUAUCCAUCAAAGGACCCACACAGGGGAGAAGCCACAUAAAUGCAUGGAAUGUGGAAAGAGCUUCAUUCGGAGUGCAGAUCUGCGUAUCCAUCAAAGGACCCACACAGGGGAGAAGCCACAUAAAUGCAUAGAAUGUGGAAAGAGCUUCAUUCGGAGUGCAGAUCUGCGUAUCCAUCAAAGUAUCCACACAGGGGAGAAGCCACAUAAAUGCUUGGAAUGUGGAAAGAGCUUCAGUCGGAGUGGAGAUCUGCACACCCAUCAAAGGAUCCACACAGGGGAGAAGCCACAUAAAUGCUUGGAAUGUGGAAAGAGCUUCAGUCAGAGUUCACAUCUGCACACCCAUCAAAGGAUCCACACAGGAGAGAAGACACAUACAUGCAUGGAAUGUGGAAAGAGCUUCAGUCGCAGUUACAGUCUUCGUAGCCAUCAAUGGACCCACACAGGAGAGAAGCCACAUAAAUGCAUGGAAUGUGGAAAGAGCUUCAGUCAGAGUUCACAUCUGCGUACCCAUCAAAGGAUGCACACAGGGGAGAAGCCACAUAAAUGCGUGGAAUGUGGAAAGAGCUUCAGUCAGAGUGGGAAUCUGCGUACCCAUCAAAGGACCCACACAAGGGAAGAUGCAUCAGACAGCAAAGAGCUCACACACAUCUAGAGGAGACCUGCCUGUAUGUUUCGAAUGGUCCCAGGCAGACAAAACAUUGGGGCGAUGGACAGAGGCUGUGACACUGUGACCAGGACUCUGCGGUGUUUUGGGGGUUGGAAUGAACUACUUGCCUAUGAGACAGUCUGUCCUAUUGCUUGGUUCCUAGCUAUGUUUUUGGAUUACAUGAAACUCAAGAGUUUACCUGUAUGAUCAGCUUCAUACAAGAUUUGUGAGUAAACUGUUUUAUUGUA